AUGGAAUGUUUAGAAGCAAUGAUUGAAAAUAUUACAGAAUUUUAUUCGCCAUAUUUAGAGUUAAAAGCUGCUGGAAUACUUGAUAUUCUUAUUCAUAAGUAAAUCGACUCUUUUUUUAAUUAGAAAUUCUUAUGAAAUCUAUGCAGAAUGAAUGGCAAUUUGUGGAGGAGAAUUUACUUCUUUAAUCCUUGUAAAGAGCAUUAUUUCUAAGAAUAGUUGGUGCAAUUCGUAGUGCUCAGUACUAUGUCGUGCUGCUGAGUAUUACAGAGAUGUAUGGGACCAAGGUCUUUUUGAUUUCGAUCUCAAUUAUGGUCUCGGCUCAGAGAAAACUAUUUCAAUAUUUAUUCGUAUUACAUUCAGAAAAGCCUUCAAUAUUCGUUUUUUUAUUAUUUAGUUGUCGACGAGUACUGUUUUGAGUCAUCUAUCUUGGAUUAUGCUCAGAGAGAUAUGAUUUAUAAGAUAAUUCGCUUAAAACUAUAAUCUUUAAGAUAAAAAUAAGAUUCUGCAUAAGGACGGAUGAGGUAAACUUCGGUUCGAUCCGAACAUUUCUCUAACCCAUAUUUCUUUAUUGACUAUUAAAAUCUAUAUGAAUUUGAUAUGUUG